UCCUCACUCCUGUAUGCACACCUGCUUGGUUAAGUGUGUUCAGUUUGUUGAAUGUGUUGCAUUGUGGGAGCUGCAGUUCACCUCCAGCCCAGUGUGUGUGGAGGAUCGACGAGGUUUCUUCAGGAGCAUGGGACGUUGGUGACUUAGCAUGCUGCUGGAUGUGUAGGAGGAAAGAUGGGCUCUGUGUUGUCACUGUGUGGUGUGAAGAAGAAGAAACAGAACAGACAGGAGGACAGACACCUGCGAGCAAACGACCGAGAAUUUAAUCUCUCCUUUAAAUAUGCUAACAAUGCCAUCAAAACCUCGAAAUACAACAUCUUCACCUUCCUGCCACUCAAUCUGUUCGAGCAGUUCCAGCGUCUGGCAAAUGCCUACUUUGUCUUUCUGCUCAUCUUACAGUUGAUUCCGGCGAUCUCGUCUCUAUCAUGGUUCACUACAGUGGUGCCGCUGCUCCUGGUGCUGUGCAUCACACUGGCCAAAGACGGUUCAGACGACAUCAACAGACACAGAAACGACAGACAGGUGAACAAUCGCAAGGUCAACGUCCUCAUCGACGGACAACUGAGGACUGAAAAGUGGAUGAAUGUCCAAGUAGGUGAUAUCAUCAAGCUGGAGAACAACCAGUUUGUCACGGCCGAUCUGUUGUUACUGUCCAGCAGUGAGCCUUUAAACCUUAUCUACAUCGAGACAGCUGAACUGGACGGUGAAACCAAUCUGAAGGUGAAACAGGCUCUGACAGUCACAGGAGAUAUGGGAGAUAACAUUGACAGACUGGCAGCUUUUAAUGGUGAGGUGCGCUGUGAGGCUCCCAACAACCGCUUGGAUAAGUUUACAGGAACGCUGAAGGUGCGUGGCGAAACGUUCGCUCUGGAUAACGAGAGGAUUCUUCUGCGAGGCUGUACGCUACGCAACACAGAAUGGUGUUUCGGCCUUGUGCUGUUCGGAGGUCCUGACACUAAGCUGAUGCAGAACUCUGGGAAAUCUAUAUUCAAGCGUACGAGCAUCGAUCACCUGAUGAACGUCUUGGUUCUGUUUAUUUUCGGCUUUUUGGCGUUUAUGUGCACUGUACUGGCGAUUGGAAAUUCGAUUUGGGAGCAUCAGGAAGGUACAUCGUUCACGGCCUUUCUCCCUCGCCAAGACGGAGCGGACGCCAACUUGUCCAGCUUUCUGACCUUCUGGUCCUACGUUAUUAUCCUGAACACAGUCGUGCCCAUUUCACUCUAUGUAAGCGUUGAGAUCCUCCGACUGGGAAACAGCUACUACAUUGAUUGGGACAGGAAGAUGUACCAUGCUAAGAGUGACACUCCAGCCCAGGCCAGGACCACAACUCUGAAUGAAGAGCUGGGGCAAAUCAAAUACAUUUUCUCAGAUAAGACGGGUACCUUAACUCAGAACAUCAUGACCUUUAAUCGGUGCUCCAUCAACGGAAAGUCAUACGGUGAAGUUGUGGACUUUGUGGGACAGAGGGUAGAGAUCACUGAGAAAACAGAAACAGUGGACUUUUCAUGGAACUUACUAGCUGACCCAAAGUUCUCUUUCCACGAUCAUGCUCUUGUUGAGGCAGUGAAGCUGGAAACUCCAGAGGUUCAGGCUUUCUUCAGACUACUAGCACUGUGCCACACCGUAAUGCCUGAAGAAAAAACAGAGGGUCAGCUGUACUACCAGGCUCAGUCUCCUGAUGAAGGAGCUUUGGUCACUGCAGCGAGGAACUUUGGCUUUGUGUUUCGCUCUCGCACCCCCGAGACCAUCUCAGUGGUGGAGAUGGGGAUCCACACCACGUACGAACUGCUGGCCGUGCUAGACUUCAACAACGUCCGCAAGAGGAUGUCUGUAAUUGUGCGGAGUCCAGGCGGUAAGCUCACUCUGUACUGUAAGGGGGCGGACACCAUUAUCUGUGAGAGGCUUCAUUCGUCCUGUUCCAAACUAAUGGAGGCCACCACUCAGCAUCUCAAUGAGUUUGCCGGUGAAGGCUUGCGCACUCUGGCUUUGGCCUAUAAGGAUUUGGAUGAAUCUGAAUUUGCGGUUUGGAGACAGCGCCAUCAUGAGGCCAGCUGUGCCAUGGAUGAGCGUGAGGCUAAACUAGAUGCCAUAUAUGAGGAGAUCGAGAAAGAUCUGAUGUUGAUCGGGGCGACUGCAGUAGAAGAUAAAUUACAGGAUGGAGUUCCUCAGACCAUCGAGCAGCUCUCCAAAGCCGACAUUAAGAUCUGGGUCCUGACAGGAGACAAACAAGAGACCGCGGAGAACAUCGGAUACGCCUGCAACAUGCUGCGUGAGGAGAUGACUGAGGUGUUCGUCAUCGCGGCGGACACGGCGGAGGAGGUGCACGAGGAACUAGUGAAUGCUAGGAAGAAGAUGUCUCCAGGUUCCUCGGAUGAGCCGCCCUAUCUGAAGAGUGGGAUUAUGGGUAAAAAGACUGAGGUGGUGCUGGAUGAGAAAGUGGAUGGAGAGUAUGGCCUUGUCAUAAAUGGACAUAGUCUGGCGUACGGUCUGCAGAAGGACCUGCAGGUGGAGCUGCUGCGUACAGCAUGUAUGUGUCAGGCGGUGAUCUGCUGCAGGGUCACCCCGCUGCAGAAAGCUCAGGUGGUGGAACUCGUCAAGAAGCACAAGAAAGCCGUGACCCUCGCCAUUGGAGAUGGAGCCAACGACGUCAGCAUGAUCAAGACGGCUCACAUUGGAGUGGGGAUCAGUGGACAGGAGGGCAUGCAGGCAGUUCUAUCCAGUGAUUUCUCCUUCGCACAGUUCCGGUACCUGAAGCGCCUCCUGCUGGUCCAUGGCCGCUGGUCGUACCUGCGCAUGUGCAAGUUCCUGCGUUACUUUUUCUACAAGAACUUCAGCUUCACCUUUGUGCACUUCUGGUAUGCCUUCUUCUGCGGCUUUUCUGCCCAGACGGUGUAUGACGAGUGGUAUAUUACGCUUUAUAACCUGGUGUACACGGCCUUACCUGUCAUCGGCCUGAGCCUCUUCGAUCAGGAUGUUAACGACCGCUGGAGCCUUCAGUACCCUCAGCUUUAUGCACCGGGGCAGCAGAACAAGUACUUCAGUAUAAAGGCUUUUUUUAAGAUCCUGCUGCACAGCUGCUACAGCUCGCUCGUGCUCUUUUUCCUGCCGUUUGCCGCCAUGCACGACACGGUGCGCGACGACGGCAAAGACAUCGCAGACUACCAGUCGUUCGCGCUGCUAGCACAGACCUGCCUGCUGUUCGCUGUCAAUGUUCAACUGGGCUUGGACACGUACUACUGGACGGCAGUGAAUCAGUUCUUCCUGUGGGGAAGUCUUUCUGUGUACUUUGCAGUCACCUUUACAAUGUACAGCAACGGCAUGUUCCUCAUCUUCACCUCCUCCUUCCCCUUCAUCGGCACUGCAAGGAAUUCCCUGAAUCAGCCCAAUGUUUGGCUGACCAUCUUCCUCACCACGAUCCUGUGUGCGCUGCCCGUUCUGGCGUUCCGUUUCCUUCUCAUCCAGCUUCGCCCAACCAUCAACGACAAGGUGCGCUACAAGAUCAAACAAGCCAAAGCCGUGAUUCCUCCUCCCACUCGCCGGUUCCCACGACGACGCAUCAGCACCCGUCGCUCCGGUUACGCCUUCUCGCACGCUCGCGGUUACGGAGACCUGGUGACCUCGGGCAGGUUCCUGCGUCGACCCGUGAAGAGUCGUCCGGUGCUUUUUCCUUUAGCGGAGUCCCCUUUAGUGCAGAACUCUCCGCAAACAUACCGCAACAUCGUUGAUACCUAGUGCACACAAGGGGGCGCUAUUACAAACUGUUUCAUUUCAGUGCGAGUUCUACAUGAGCUAUAUGAAGAGACAGAAGGAAAAACGUGUGUGUGAUGUUUACAGGUAAAAGGCGAUGUACGCUCACAUGUCAGCUUUUAACAUACAAGGAACGUGUCCUUAAUAUAAACAAAGCGCUUUAAAAAAAAUAUAUGGAAAUAUCUCAUCUUUUAUGGUUUUAAGAGACAUGUGUAUGCUCCUUUUGAUUUUAUGCAACAAUCUUGGUAAAAGGCAAAAACACAAGAAUUGGACAGUGAAUGACAAAAUUCUGUGGACAGAUGAGUCCAAAUGUGGCAUUUUUUUUUUUCUCUCACAGAAGAACUUAUGUAAGAAGGAGAAGAGUAGAGAAGAUGUCAGCAGACUGGCUCACCCCAAAAUCAAACAUGGCAGUAGAAGCUUAAUAGAAGCUUAAUUGUUUGGGUUUGUAUUGGAGCAGGAAUGAUUGGAUACUUGAAAAGAAUCCUGGACCAACAUGGCUACCAUUCCAUACUUCAACACCAUGCAAUCACAUCAAAACUCUGGAAGCGUUAUUUAGAGAGUCAUCUGGAGUGUUAUAUAUCACCGCUUAGUCACCGCACAUAAAUCCUAUUGAACUGUUCUGGGUGAAGAAGAUCUUUGGCAAGUUUUCCAAGAGGCACAGCAAAGUAUUUCAGCUAAAUGUUUGGAGAAAUGAAGUGUGGAUGCUGGGAGCAUCUAAAGCUGUUCUUCAUGCUCAAGGGAAUUUUUAUUGAAAAUAAAGUGGAACAUCUUGACAUUUAUACAUUUUUUCAGUCACAGUAAAUGGUUACAUUGCUUAGUUUAUUGCAUAAAAACAAAAGGAACCAUAAAAGACGAGGUGUUUCCAGACUAUUCAAAAGCUCUUUAAUAAUUUGUCGGUUUAUUCUAAAAAAAAAUAGCUUUCAAAGACUUUUAUUUAUUUUCUAUCCAGAAUUGAAUCUGUUUUUAAAUUUAGAUCUAAUAAGUAAAACAAACUUCAAAGCGUUUAUGUCCUGAUUGUUAGUGAGUAAAGAAAAGCCAUUAUAUAAAGUUUUAAAAUAUAUAAUAUAUAACUUUUGUGCUUCUAAAAGGCGUUUGUCAAGCUGUUUCAGGGGAAAUGAGUGUUCUGAGGGUAUGAAAUAAAGCUGUAAAUUAAAUUCAGAUGAAAAUCUCAUUAACUCGGUUGAGUUAGUGAAAGAGUCAGUACCUUUCAGUGAAUAUAGCACCUGAAUGGUGCAACCAAAAGUUCUUGUACUGAUUUACUCGCUUGUCUGGAGAUCACAUGUUUAAAUCUAAGACAUACCAUGAUCGAUCUUUUUUUAGGAGCAAAUCUGAUCCAUGGUCUUUGGAUGUCUCUCCUCUGUCAAUCGCAGUGACUUUAGAAAAUUGUCUAUCAAGUUUAAUACUCAGUGUAGUGUCAUUGUCAUUUUUAUCUCCUUCAUAACUAUAUCCUUAUGGCCCUGUCCCAAAUGUGCACGUUUGGUUAUGCAUAGUGUGCAUGACUGAGUAUAUACUACACACAGGAACUUCAAACAUUCAGUUUAGGAUGGUGUACCAUUCUUGUUUGUAUUUCUGAUUUUGAGGACCAACACACUCUGGAUGCAUGUUUUAGUAACUCAAUUUUCAGUCAUAAAUGCUUUUGGGACUGGACUGUUAUAUAAAAAGAAAUCCCUGAAAUAAAAGUGCAAUCAAUAGAAACAAACAAACAAAACUCCAUAAUGAGUAGAAAAGCAACUCCAUAUUUAUAUUAAAUAUACCAUUUUUAAUUAAUUUAAUAUUUGUUAGACAAGCCAACUAAAAGCCAAUUUGGAAUUAUUUUUUCAUGCAAAAGGAAAUAACAUUGAAACACAAUUUUGUCUAAAUGUUUAAAAUCUUUUUUUAAACAUAUUUCUUGCCAAAAUCUUUCCUUUUGGGUUUUUCACAGCCAAUGAAUUCUUUUGUACAUAUUGUAUUUUCACUGUUAUAUUGCUAAGCAGGAUAAAGGGAUUGUAGCAUCAAAUUGCAACCUGUAUUGCUUGUGUCAUGACUCUUUUAUUAUAGCUUUCUAUUUCUACAUUGUUAAGCGCUUUAUAUUUCCAAUAUUCAACCGAUACAUAACAAGAUGUGAAAUUAAUGUAAAAAAUGCCUCUCAGGUAGGUUUCUAGUAGGUUAAAUGUUAAAUCCUGUAGAACUGUGGCGUUUUAGGAGAAGAUCAAUCAAUCAAUCAAUCAAUCAAUCAAAUUAUUAUCAAAUAAGACUAAAGCCAAUAAUUUUUACAAUUACAAUUUUUUCUACUAUGCUGCAAUGGAUACAGGAUUUUUGUUUAAUUAGGCUGAAAUAUCUGUGUUCUGCUUUAAUGAUGUUUCUCACCGUUCCAAUAACUGUAUGAGUUGUAAUGUUGAGUUAUAAUGUAUACUGAUCGAUCGAUCUUUUUCUUUUUUGCAUAUGUGUGCUUAAGAUUGUCUAUUAUGAGCUUUGUCUAUUAAUAUUAUUAUAAAAUUUCAAAUUAUAGACACCCAAUAGAAUAGGGCUAAUCUAAGGAGAGGAAUUAUGGAUUUGGUAUUUGGUUAAAACAUACUGUAAAAGUUUACUUAUAAAUAAACUUGAUUGCAUUUUU